AUCACUCAUCAUCACCUGGACCUGGGCAGGAGAGAAGACUGCAGAGGGAGAGAGACCAAUCUAUUUUUUUUCCAGAAGACUCCUGGAGGAAACAAUCCAACCCCCUUCUAUAAUUCUUCACUUUCUAUCUUCUCUGCAAAUUUUUCUUUUCUUUUCCCUUUUUUGAGGGGAAAAUCUUGGAGCCAUGGGAAGGGGGAGGGUCCAGUUGAAGAGGAUAGAGAACAAGAUCAACAGGCAGGUAACGUUCUCCAAGAGAAGGGCGGGGUUGUUGAAGAAAGCCCAUGAGAUCUCCGUUCUCUGCGACGCGGAGGUGGCUCUCAUCGUCUUCUCCACCAAGGGAAAGCUUUUUGAAUACUCCUCCGAUUCAUGCAUGGAGAAGAUCCUAGAACGAUAUGAGAGAUAUUCAUUUGCAGAGAGGCAGCUUGCUGCAAAUGAUGUUGAACGAACUGGAAGCUGGACUCUGGAACAUGCAAAGCUUAAAGCUAGACUUGAGGUUUUGGAAAGAAACCACAGGCAUUUCAUGGGGGAAGAUCUUGACAGUCUAAGCCUCCGAGAGCUUCAAAAUUUGGAGCAACAGCUUGAUUCUGCCCUUAAACUCGUAAGAUCAAAAAAGAACCAACUCAUGUUUGAAUCAAUCUCAGAGCUUCAGAAAAAGGAUAAGGCUUUGCAGGAGCAAAACAACUUGCUCGCAAAGAAGGUAAGGGAAAGGGAGAAGGCACUUGCCCAAGAUAAUCAAUGGGAGGAACAAAUUCAUGACCUAGACACAUCAUCAAAUCUUCUGCCGCAGCCAACCUUGAACAUCAAUAGAGAUGGAAGAGAGGAUUAUGAAGGCAAUUCACCACAACAUCGAGCCACUGCACUAUUGCCACCAUGGAUGCUCCGGAACAUCAAUGAAUAAAAAUCAGUAUCGUCAGCCCUCUCUUUUUCUACUAUUUAUUAUGCAGGUUUGAUGUGUCUAAUAUCCAUGUAGUCUACUGAUGCAGAAAUUAGUUAAGCUCAAGUGUGUUGCUAUAUAUCAUAAAAUACUACUAACAAUAAAGAUAUUAGUGUUAGAGCUUGGGAUGGUGUUUCCGAACUUCCUCCACCCCGACUAUUGUAGCUAGUAUUUUGAUAUAGAUGCAAGACACCAAGGCAACGCAGUUUGGACCAUUCGACAACUCUUGUGAUUUGUGAAAUAUUAUUAUGUAUUUAUAAUAAUUAUUAUAUAACUUA